UUUGAUGAUGUCUGCUUGAAUGUUUGGAAUAUGUUUACCAUAUCAAAACUCCAAAUUAUGAAAAGCUCUUUUAUUUUUGGACAAUUUAUUGUGCAUUAGAGAUACUUGAAGCUUCAAUCAGUUUGGUAACGUGUAGCAGUCCGUAAAGAAGCUCUCCACUGGAUCAUGAGGAAAGCUGAGGUUCAGAUGACCCUGAAGAAGGGUGCUGAUGAAGAAGCAGGAGGAAUGGCUCCUCCAAGUCCCAGGAUACCAUCAAAACGGGCAAAAGUUAGUUCAGAUCAGGUCGUACCAGACCCUGCUGCUUCUGUCUACCCAACCCCAACUCCUCCAGUGUUUAUCCGGAAGAUGAGGAACGCUGCGGUAGGUACCGGCUGUGAUAUCCGUCUGAAAGUGGCUGUGGCUGGAGACCCACAACCUACCCUCUACUGGUACCACAAUGAUGACCUGCUCAACAUGGAUAACCAGGAAUACGGAGGCUUGUGGAUCAGGGACUGCAAACCCAGUGAUGCUGGCCUGUAUACCUGCAUCUCCACCAACCAUCUUGGAGAGGUCAGAAGCAGUGCUGUCCUUGCCGUUUUGGAUUUGGGUGAAGACUCUGAGACUACAGAAGACGAAGCCGCUGAGCCACAAAUACCCCUGGAAGCUAAAGAAGGAGCCAGAGGUUUUCAGGAUGAGGCAGGUGAGAGAAUGAUGGAUGUUGCCCCAGAUGCGAGCGAUCGCUGGGCUGCCGGAGAGACCACAGUGUUGGAGAAAGAAGCUCUAGCCCUGGGAUCAAGAGCUCCAGGGCCGCAGUCAGCCAGGAGCCCAUCUGAAGAAGUUGUGAGGGAAUCUCCCCCUCAAGUCCUACCACCCCCUUCCCCCAAAAUUGGCCGCUCUACUGCCUCUCCUUUGCUCAGCCGUUCUGGUUCAGCCCCUGCCACACCCCUAGCCCCACGCAAGAAAGUUGUCGUGCCAACUGAAUAUCAAGACACAGUACCAGGAGAGUUUGAGGAGAAGAUAAAGCAACCCAAAUCCUCAGGCAUGUCUCAGAGUAGUGCUCAAGACUCUCGACCCCAAACCCCCGUCAGCGAGUAUUCCCGUAAGGAACUUACACCUCGGCCUUCACCAAAACUGACAAGAGCUAGCUCCAAGAUCUUCGAGAAAGUGCGUGUCUUUGAAGAGCGCAGAAGAAGUAUCGAUAACCCAGAGGGAUCUAUAUCUGGACGCUCUUGGGCUGGAUUUAACAGAGCCUCGUCUAUUGACUCUGAUGAAGGAGGGAGCCGGUUGGGGAUCUCGAGGGAGAGCUCCAAAGAAGACCUUCGUGAGGCUCUGAAGGCAGACGCAGCCCAGAGAAGGACCAUGUUCAAACAGCGGGCUGCUUCCCUGGAGGACAGACCCCGUUACUCCCAAAAGGUGCAGGACAUUGAGAACAAGUUCACAGAGGAGCUCCAGCGCAUCAAAAAGCUUGUCGGUAAACCGCACAUGAAGAAAUCCUUCUCAACAGAGCAGCUCUCUACUUUUCACAGGAGCAGGCAGCCUGUAAGGAAGUUAGAGCCCAUCCCACCUCAGGUUCUUCAAAAGCUGCAGGAUCGAGAGCGUGCUCAGCGAGAGCAAGAGAUGAGAGAGAGAGAGCAAGCCAAGGAACGAUCACCUCCAAAAUCACCGUUUCGCAGACGAAAAGACCAGCUGGCACAACAACCACUGGAAAAAGUUGAAAGCAAUCGGUCUGUCCCAACCACCAAGGUGGUAAGCACAUUUGGACAAGAACCAUCACCUCCAGAGGCCAUGUCACUCUCUGAUUUACCUGGACAAAGGUCUCCAAGACUUCGGGGCCCAAGCCCAAGCAGAGAUAGUACCCAAAGGUCUCCAACUGUAGAGAUCACAUCCAUGGCUGAAGAGCGCUCUCGAAGCAGAGCUGAAUCUCCAUCCCGAAAUGUCUUAGAGAUGACAUUACGCAAAGUGGAACCAAGACCUGCAAGUCCACUAGUAAAGAGGGUUGUUCAUGUUCAGGAAGAACCACAAGCAGAUGAUGAGUCCAUGCAUUGGAAGACACCAUUAGAGGUCACGCUGAGAAAACUGGAAAGAAGACCAGAAAGUCCUCUGGUGCAAAGAGAAACUGUAGCUAUUCAAGAAAGUCCUGACCAAGCUCCCACCAAACCUCCAAGAGUUUCCUCAUCUUCUUCAUCUGAGGAAAAGAUGGAGCUGGAUGUGACUCCUCUGCCACCGGCACCAAAGCUCACUAUACCAAAAAUUAUUGUCGAAGAGGAGCCAAUGGAGACAGACACACCUGCAGAGAAGACUGAUAAGGCUGUGAAAAGUGGCUCUGCUAAAGAAGAAAAACCCCAAAGAAGCAGAGGAAGGGGACGCAGACUAAGACCAAUGUCCCCUGAAUUAGAAUCUUCAGACGACUCGUACGUGUCUGCAGGAGAGGAUCCUCUAGAGGCUCCUGUGUUUGAGUUUCCGCUUCAGGACACUGUGGCCUCUACUGGAACAGAGGUUCUUUUAAAAUGCAUCAUCAGUGGCACCCCUCUCCCAGAAGUUACAUGGAAGAGAGACAACAUUGAGAUCAAGAACAGCCCAACUCAUGUUGUGAAGGUAGAGGGGGAAAGGCACACAUUGCUCAUCAAAUGGACGAAGCCAAGUGACGCAGGAACAUACACAGUUACUGCUACCAACGAGGUUGUCGAGAUGUCCAGCAGCGCUACUCUUUUCAUCAAAUCAGAGCCCAGUCAGGACCAGCGUGGGAACCUUGGUGUCCGCCAGAUUAUUACCCCCCUAGUUGUUAUUGGAGACCAAACAGUUAUAGAGGAUCAAGAGGUGACCAUGUCUGUUCGAGUGAGUGGACAGCCUAAACCCAUGCUUUAUUGGCUUAGAGACAGAGUGACCAUUAAAACAGGUGCACGGCAUAUCGUCGAUGAGACAGAGGAGGGCAACUUUGAGAUGAUAAUUAAAUCAGCACAGAAGUCAGACUCUGGUGUUUACACCUGCAAGAUCAUCAACGAGUAUGGGACUAAACAGUGUGAGGGCAAACUGGAGGUGAAAGCUCGUCCAAUAGAGCCAGGCCUGGCCAUCAUUCGGCCAGUGAGGGACGUGAUGGUGAAGGCAGGGGAGACUGCCUUGUUCGAGUGUCAUGUGAUCGGCCCGCAGGACACAGAUGUUGAUUGGCUGUCAGAUGGGAAACUCAUCCAACCAGCUCUGUUGGACUGUAAGAUGCACUUUGAUGGGAAAAGGUGCAGGCUGCUGCUUAACUCUGUACAUGAGGAUGACAGUGGAACGUACACCUGCAAACUGAGCACAGCUAAAGAGGAGCUGACCUCUAGUGCCAAGCUAAAGGUCGUAGCAUCCAUAGAGCCCCUCUUCACCCGUAAACUGGAUGUACUAGAAGUUAUCGAGGGUCGUAAUGCUCGAUUUGACUGCAAGGUCAGCGGGACACCACCUCCUCGGGUCAUCUGGAGCCACUUUGAUCAUCCGCUGGAGGAAACCGAAGACAUUCGGAUCUUGAAAGAAGGAGGACGGCACUCACUAAUCAUCUCUCAUGUUAGUAAUGAAGAUGAGGGUCUCUACACAGUAGUAGCGCGGAACUCACACGGCGAGGCCGAGUGCGCAGCGGAGCUGUAUGUGCAGGAGCCCAGACCAGCAAUUUCCUCUCAAAUAGCAAAGCUGGAAAAAAUGCCCUCCAUUCCCGAGGAACCUGAGGUGCCUGAGAAUGAGGUGGAACGUUUCACCAUGCCUGACUUUGUCAAGCCGCUCUACGAUCUGGAUGUAGUUGAGGGCAGAGAGGCUGUGCUCAGGUGCAAAGUGGCUGGCCUGCCGUAUCCAGCCAUAAUCUGGUUUCACAAUGGCAAGAGGAUUGACAGCACAGAGGACAGAAAAAUGACACAGUUCAGAGAUGUUCACAGCCUGGUGAUCCGCUCUGUUUGUCAUGCCCACGGAGGAGUUUACAAGUGUGUCAUAUCCAAUAAGGUGGGCAAGGCCACCUGCUAUGCCCAUCUUUAUGUGACAGACAUCCUUCCUGACCCGCCAGAUGGGGCCCCAGUCAUUGAGUCCAUCACUGGCAAGACUAUCACGCUAAGCUGGAGGAAACCCAGAAGACUGGAUCCGUCCAUUGAUCCUAGCUCCCUGAUGUAUGCUGUUCAGCAGCAAGCUCUAGGGUCGAUCCAGUGGACCAUCAUCGCCUCUUGCCUGAAACAGACCAUCUAUACCAUUACCAAUCUGUCUAAAGGUGUCCGCUACGCCUUCAGGGUGCUAUCAAUCACCAGCAAGGCCUUUAGCAAGCCAUCGCCUGCCACCGAGCCAGUGCAGCUGCUAGAUAGAGGUCCGUACCUCCAGGAGGCUCCUGUACUCAUUGACAAGCCGGAUACUGUGUAUAUGGUGGAGAAGCAGCCCUUAAGCAUCACAGUCACUCUCAACCACGUCAAUGCAUCAGUCACAUGGAAGAGGGGGGCAGUGACAUUGUCUAACAGACCGGGUCUGUUUGAGUUGAGCAUGCCUGAUGAUGACCAGCAUACGCUGAAGCUAUGCAAGGUAAAGAGCAGUGAUGUUGGUCAGCUCACGUCUAUCGCCAGCAACAAGUAUGGCAGCGACACAUGCACCCUAACCCUGGAAAUGGCAGUGGCGCCAACUUUUGAGACCAUCAUGGAAGACCUGGAUGUGAAUGUAGGUGAGACUCCUCGUUUCGCGGUGGUGGUUGAAGGAAAGCCCGUCCCAGACAUCCUCUGGUAUAAGGGAGACACCCUGCUGUCCGAAAGCAGCCAUUUCACAUUUGUGUACGAUGACAAUGAAUGUUCUCUAGUGGUACUGAACACUCAAGCCGAUGACUCAGGAGUUUACACCUGUACUGCUAAGAAUCUGGCCGGUUCUGUGUCCUGCAAGGCUGAGCUGACUGUCCACAUCGCUAAAGAGUACAAAGACGACCCCAUGGAGGAUGAGGCGUCCAUCUUAAGAAAGAUGCGUAGGCUCACUGAUUACUAUGACGUGCACAAGGAAAUUGGGAGAGGGGCGUUCUCAUAUGUGAAACGAGUGAUACAGAAAGCGGGAAAGAUUGAAUAUGCAGCCAAGUUCAUUUCCGCUCGGGCUAAACGGAAGGCCUCCGCUCUGAGAGAGCUGAACAUCCUGUCUCAUCUAGACCAUGAGAGGAUCCUCUACUUUCACGAUGCCUUCGAGAAGAAGAAUGCUGUUAUCAUCAUUACAGAGCUAUGCCAUGAGGAGCUUCUCGAAAGGCUUACAAAGAAAUCAACAGUAAUGGAGUCAGAGAUCCGAUCCAGCGUGAGGCAGCUGUUGGAGGGUAUUGGCUAUCUUCAUCAGCAUGAUAUACUUCAUCUAGACAUAAAGCCUGAUAAUAUCCUCAUGACAGACCCUAGUAGUGAUCAGAUCCGCGUAUGUGAUUUUGGAAAUGCUGUAAAGUUCACGCCUGAUGAGGCACAGUACUGCAGAUAUGGCACUCCAGAAUUUGUCGCCCCAGAGAUUGUUAACCAGACACCCGUCUCCAAGGCAACGGACAUCUGGCCUGUUGGAGUUCUAACAUACGUAUGUCUCACUGGAGUUUCUCCUUUUGCUGGAGAAAACGACCGCAGUUCUGUUCUCAACAUCAGGAACUAUAAUGUAGCUUUUGAAGAAAGCAUGUUUACCGACCUCUGCCAUGAAGCUAAGGGAUUCGUCAUUAAACUGCUGGUGGCUGAUAGAUUGAGACCCGAUGCUAAUGAAUGUCUUCGGCACCCCUGGUUCAAGACCCUGAAUAAGGGUAAGAGCAUCAGCACAGAGUCCCUCAAAAAGUUUAUGUCCAGAAGAAAAUGGCAGCGAUCCCUUAUCAGCUAUAAAUCUAAGAUGAUGAUGAGGUCUAUACCAGAGUUACUGGAUGACUUCUCCAGCCACAUUUCCAUUGCUGUUCCACGACAUCUGAAACAAGGCUCACCACCACCAUCAUCAUCUUCAGAUUCGAAUGAAGACAUUGAUGAGCUGCCUUUUAUCCCAAUGCCCAUAAACAUGGAAUUCUCAGGUUCUAGAAUGUCACUGACUGAAAUUGUAGGGGAUGAUGAAAUGACAGGUAGACCGAAUGGAAAUGCUGAGAGGCCUGCUUCAAGCCAUCAGAAGUCAGAGCCCAUGGAAGUGGAGAUGUCAGAGAAAGAGGGUGGAGAUGCAGCUGCUAGGGGUAGAGCCAGGAAGAGGUCAACACAAGAUGAUGAAAAAGGCUCAUCUGAUGAAGAACCAGCAGAAUUGGCCAAAAGAGCAGAACACGCAAAGAGACCAAUGCGCAGAGGUUCAAGCAUGGAGUCAGAUGAGCCAGAGGGAGCACGUCGCAGAGGAGAGUUGCGCAGAGGGAGCUCGGCUGACAGUGCCCUACAGCUCCACAUCAAACCAGAGGAGGGCACAGAAGAAAGCUCUACCGAUGGAAGUAGAAUUCUACAAAAGUCAGUAUCUAUGGAGCUUCCAAGGAGAAGCCCAAGUCCAGGAGCUGCAAAGCUGAGCCAGGAAGACUAUGCCCUGAAAUUGGAACUUAUGAGGCAGAGACUUCUCAGGGGUGGCUCUGUAGACAACAAGAUGAGCGGAUUACGAGGCCCAUUGCUGGAGACAUUAGGCAUGGGGGAUGAGAAGCGCUAUGUGCGGGGGUCUCGCCUUGGUAACCCUCCUCUUGUUAGAGCGGCAUCCAGCGAGUCUCCUAGAGAGGAUAUCCCAAAGACCAAGAUACUCCGCAAGAGUGCUUCCUUCAGCCAGGGUGAUUCAGAGCCCAUGCCCCUGCACCGACGGAUGGGAGCACCUCUAGAGAUCCCACUGGCACAAAUAGAAGAGAGACGACUGCAGGAAGCUGUUUCUAUGUCUGCUCUCACAGAGCCAGUCAAGGAUUCUCGCCCCAUCACCCCAAAAAUUAAUAUGCCAGAACCAGAGAGACGUGAGAAAGAGAAAAUUGAGGAAAAAGAGUCAGCUGUCUACAAGGACAAUAAAUCCGAAGGAGUCAUUGUUGUGCCAAAAACUAAUGCAGAUGAAUCCAGAAGUGUAGAUCAGAAAUCUUGGGAGACUGAUGCACAAGAGAAGGUCCAGAGCAAGUUAGAGGAGCCAAGUGAAAAGUCUCAAAAAGUGGAUGAAAUUAAGCUGAAGACCCCCAUAGUAGAGGAAACAAUUGAGGAAGAGGAAGAAAGAGAGGAUAAAGAACCAGAGAAAGAAGUGGAGCCUCCUGCUCCAGAGAUUGAGGUUAAAGAAGUUGAGGAUGAUGUAAAGGCAUCACCAAAGUCUCCAGAGGUCACCAUUACCACCAGCUCAAUCACGGUGACCCCAACAGCUGCCCCAGCUCCCAGCCCCCAGAGUGUCGUCUCAUCCUAUGUGACUCCAUUACUCCCUGCACAUACAGUGCUCCCAGAUGGUAGAGUGUCUGCAUAUGCUAGUAUCAUGCAGACCAUCAUGGUACCAUCAGUCUAUGCAUCUAGCCAACCUGAUCCUGUUCCUGUGCCUACACCUACACCAACAACCAGCCCACCAUCAGUUCCAGUCUAUGCACCCAUUUCCAGACACAUUUCUGAACCAACCCUUUUGUCAACUUCUUCAUCCAAACCAGACCUUCGCCAAACCACUGAACAUCCUGCAGUCUUUUCUCGGGUUGCCUCAACAGAACAUCCUCCUAAAGAGCCAAGUCCUCCUAAGACUCCCACUCGUGCCUCCCUUGAGCGAGAGCCGUCUACUGGAAGCAACAUUCAGGACCUUGCAUCUGAGGAGGUCUUUGAAGCUCGCUUCAAGAAGCGUGAGUCCUCUCUAACUCGUAGUCUUAAACGCUUCUCAUUCCAGAAGACUGAAGAAAAGCCUUCCACCGUUGCUCCAGAAACUGCAGAAGAAAUGUAUCGCCCAGGGCCAAUUGGUGCACCCUUAGAAUUUGUUCCAAGGCGGUUGGAGGAGAAGUCCAAGUCAGUUCAGGAUCUUCGUGAGGCGGAGAAGGACCCUGGGUUCAUGAGGAGACUCUCAAUGCGCUUGAAAAGAACCCCAUCAGUAGAGAGGCAGGAAGAGAAGCUCAAAGAAGAGGAAGCUUCAGCACCCAGGCGUCGUCUGUCCUGGGCACUGGGACGGAGGGGAUCCCAAGAAAAGAAAGAGAUUGAGAUGGUGAGGUUGGAUGGAGGUCCUGAGCCUCCCCCAGAGCCUGAGUCCAAAGCACCCUCAGAGUCACCUAUCCUUGCCAUGCGCAAGAAGAUCGGCAGUACCAUGGCAAGCCUAUCCACAAGGAUUAGGAGCCACUCUGAGGACAGGAAAGACGAUAAUGAAAGCAAGAUGGAGAAGAGGACACCUAUAUUCACAAAACUGCGUCGUUCCACCUCAGAAGGUGGCAGUCUGAAGAGGAUGGGUGUCCCACAGAACCAACUGGCUGCCCAAUCAGGGAAAGGGACGUCAUCAGAAUCACUCGAUUCCAUGUCAAGCAUCCAACCAGAAUCAGCUGUUAAAAGUGCAGAAAUUGAGCAUAGAUCACGAUGGGACCGCUGGGGAUUGACGAGGGGAAAAAGAGACAAGACGGUUUCCCAACCAGACAUCCCAGCUUCCAUUGCCAGGGAGAAUGGCUCUCUCCGCUCUCGCCAGUACACGCGUCUAACAUCUGACUUCCCUCCUGUGUUCCAUAUCAAACUAAGGGACCACGUUCUCUUGGAGGGAGAUCCCGUUACUCUCAGCUGCCUCCCUGCUGGCAGUCCUCACCCACGCAUCUCAUGGAUGAAAGAUAAGAAGCCACUUGAGAUAGACCCAAGGAUGAACAUGAUAUCCUGCCCUGACGGGAGACAGCUGCUGAUGAUUAUGAAGACCACCAAGAAGGAUGCAGGGCUUUAUGAAUGUGUGGCUUCAAACGCACUGGCCUCUGUCACCAGCUCAUGCGUUGUGUCCCUUGCUCGUCUGCCUAAUAGUCCUGGGACUCCUGAGGUGCCUCAGAAAUAUAAAAACACCGCUCUGGUGGUAUGGAGACCCUCAGACACCACGGCACCAUGCACCUACUCUCUGGAGAGGAAGACAGAGGGUGAGAUUAACUGGCUCAUAGUAGCCACAGGUGUGGCUGACUGUUACUACAAUGUCACGGACCUUCCAACUGGUGCUGCAUACAGGUUCAGAGUGGCCUGUGUGAACAAGGCUGGUCAGGGACCUUACAGCAAUCUGUCUGAAAAAAUCGUCCUGGACUCAACAGCACCCCAAAAGUCCAGUGGAACAGCUGUUGUCAAAACGCUUUCAUCAGCUCCGGCUCCUGCGCCUUCAGUGGUAACAUCCACCAUGACUCUACCUGCAAUGAAGCCUGCUGCCGUUAAACAGGCUGCAGCACCACCGGCGACUUCAGCGCCCUCUACAGUCCAGCCGGUAAAGCCUGUGUCUCCUCCUGCUGCACCUGCAUCAGCUACGACACGUUCCCCUGCCGCCCUUCCCCCGAGUCAUCGUUCUGUGCCUGAUAUCCGAACUCCAUCCCCUAGUGCUCCUACCCCAGCUAAAGCUAAGACUACUCUCAACAUCACUAUGGCCAAACCCUCCCCAGCAUCCCCUGCAGCUCAACCUCCUCCUGCCAAACCCUCACCACCCGUCGUUCUGCCCAAACCUCAGACCCCUGUGAAUGCGGUCUCCCCUCCAUCUCAAACUCCUCCGGUGUCCCCGCCCCCUCUGGUCUCCUCUCCACCUGCUAUCGGCAAGCCUAUCUCCUCAGUGCCCAUGUAUGUCCCGACCACCACCACAGUACAUGUGACCCCAGUCACCCCAAACAUGCCUUCUCCUGCCCUGUCACCACCGGUGGUGUUAGUUACAAGUCUGAGUCCCAUAGGGGAGGGUACUGGCACACCCAAUCGUAUGACUCCAAGUGGAAGAGCCACUCCUUCUGGACGCAUCACUCCUACAGGGUGCAGGACCCCUAUAGGAAAACCUGGAGACUCGACCCUAAGGCAGGGAGUCCCACAGAAACCGUACACAUUCAUGGAUGAGAAAGCAAGAGGUCGUUUUGGUGUGAUCAGAGAGUGUCGGGAAAAUGCCACCGGUAACCUGUACAUGGCCAAGAUUGUGCCGUAUGAGCCUGAGAGCAAGCAGGCCGUGUUACAGGAGUACGACAUGCUGAAGUCCCUCCACCACGAGAAGGUCAUGACUCUGCAUGAGGCCUACGUCACCCCACGCUACCUAGUGCUCAUCUCCGAGUGCUGCUCAGGGAAAGAGCUGCUCUAUAGUCUGAUUGACAGGUUCCGAUACUCAGAGGAUGACGUGGUGGCAUAUAUUGUACAGAUACUUCAGGGUCUGGACUACCUGCACAGCCGGAGAAUCCUGCAUCUGGAUAUCAAACCAGACAAUAUCAUCGUCACGUACAUGAAUGUUGUUAAGAUUAUUGAUUUUGGUAGUGCACAGACCUUCAAUCCACUGUUCCUGAAGCAGUUCUCCCCACCCAUUGGAACACUGGAUUAUAUGUCUCCUGAGAUGUUGAAAGGAGAUGUGGUGGGUCCACCGGCUGAUAUCUGGAGCAUUGGCGUAUUGACGUAUAUCAUGCUCAGCGGGAGACUGCCGUUUACUGAGAAUGACCCUGCUGAGACAGAGGCCAGAAUUCAGGCAGCCAAGUUUGACCUCAGUAAGCUCUACCAAAAUGUGUCCCAAAGUGCCUCUCUGUUCCUCAAGAAGAUCCUGUGCAGCUACCCUUGGGCCCGUCCUACAAUUAAGGACUGCUUUAACAACUCCUGGCUGCAGGACGCUUAUCUAAUGAGACUGCGCAGACAGACUCUCACGUUUACCACCACGCGCCUCAAGGAGUUCCUGGAGCAGCAGCAGCAGGUCAGGGCCGAGGUGGCAACAAAGCACAAAGUCCUUCUACGUUCCUACCAGAGCACCCCACAAACCCCAUCCACCCCCUCAACACCCGGCACCCUUGCGGCACCCAUCUCUCAGUGAGCUCCAGCACAGGACGUCCUCCAGAGAGAUGAGAGACGGCUCCGGGGUUCUCCAGGAUAAGGACAGAGAGAGACACAGCCUCAGGACAUCCCAGCCCCUCUAAGCUGUCCUCGGUGGGCCCUUGAGGGGCCGGUUAACGUGUGAUGUGUGUUAGCAGAUCAAGCACAGGAUCUUUUAGCCUCGACACCUGGGGUCAGUUCUGAGACGAGAAACACACACACACACACACACACAAACACAAAACCUCUCGUCCAAAAGCAUAACGGAUUUGAGUGCAUUUACCUCCGUCAGCCAGCAUGCACAGUGCAGUUGUGUUUUUGUCCAGGAAGAUGUCCUUACUUUAAUCUCUCCCGUCCAACACUUUUUUUCUUAUGACUUUUUGACAAACCUAUUUUAGCAUUGGAUCUCUAGCGAACCGUCAGGAACUUUGGACCCGUCGUGGCUGAGAAGAGUGACUGUAUUUCAUAUACAAAGAUCAAGAAGACAGCGAUCUAGUCCAUCACUUGACGCAAAAAAUGUCAUGUCAAUGUGUAUUUUUUUUGUGGUGUCUUCCAGUUGUGAACCAGGGCCUUGAGAUUUGUGGUAAAUGGUGUAAAAUGUGUGGAAAAUUGAUCUUUUCUUGAACUAGUUUUUAUGGCAUAAGUAAUACUUUUAUUACUGCUAGUUGUUAUA